CAGUGGCACACGAUGAUGUAAUCGCACACAAUACCAAUAAUCGACGUGGUUUUUUCUGUUUCGCGUUACUUUUCGUUCGCCGGAUAUAUUACGCUGUGAAAUUUCUGUACUAUGUAUGGAACAAUAUGUACAAUAAUUUAUUGCUAUCUCGCAGGUGUAUUCGCUUUACUGUGUACGAACUAAUGGACCGAUAGUAAUCCGCCGCGAUUGAACGAAGCGAAAGUGUAUUAUUUUUAUCAGAGUAUAUUAGCCUUACGACUCUACGCGUAGUUCAUAAAAUUAUUUGUCAAGUAAAGUCAGGUGUUAUAAGAUCUCUUCGAACAAAUAUAUGCAUAUACGUGAUUAAAAUCACCAGAAAAUAGGCAGAAACUUAUCAGCCGAUGUAUCGAUUUGUACAUUUCAUAGCAUUCGGGAAACAUCAUCAGAUAACGAGCGAACGCGUUUAUGCGUCUCUACGUGACAUCAUCGAAAAAAAUGACUGGCAUUUUACUUACGAUUUAUUGAAUCAGCCAAUAAUAAUUCUCUUCGUCAAACAGAUAGGAAAUCUUGAACGUUGAUUAGAGCUCAUUUUCUGUGAUAUGAAAUCAAAGUAUAAGUUGUUUUUCGACGAUUAUCAACGUCGAAAGUUACAAGUACAUUCGCGUUUCCCUCCCUAAAUAUUAACAUUGCUCUCAAAAUCGGGCCUAAUUUGUUAUUAACAUUAUCGUGUCGCCUCGGAAACAAAGUGCUGUUUCUGUUUCGUUCCCAAAUUUUUAAGAAUGCGGUUUACCUGAUUCUUCGGCUGCUGGAUUUGUGCACCUGUAACAACCGAACUGUACAGGCUCAUGGGUACACAAUUCUCCAUACCUAUAGGCUUUCAAUCAGUCAUCACUGUGCCUAGUUCAUCGCAGUACUUAUUCAACUUCCAACCACGAAGGGCAGGCGUUGCAUGGCAUUGCACAAUUCGUUUACAGAUCCAUCUCUACUGGAACAGGAUGGAGAGGAGAGGAUCUUUGGAGAGACUCGUUGAUGUCCUGAUUUGCUUGCAUCGCGCAAUGGGCAUCUACCAGAAAGAAAGAAGAAAUAUUACAUGUACAAUUCUAGUCACGAUAUAACAAUGGCUUAUAUUUAUUCUUUAUUUGUAUCCACGAAAAAGAUCAAUAAAUCAUUCCAAUUUUCAUUGAGAAAAGAAAUUAAGUGAAUCAUUGUAAAAUCAUCCCUACGAAUUUUUCUGGAGCUGCAUUAAAUGCAUU